AUGCAAUUUAAACAUGUUUUAGCAUCAGCUGAUGUUGACAGUGAUGGCAAUGAUGAUGCUAUGAUGUCAUCAUUCUCCAAAAAUCUGAAGGGAACCAUGAGGAAACAGGUAUUCAUGGAAAAAAAACAAGAGUGUAAAACAGGAAAAGUAUGGCAAAAGGGCAAGGAUAAUAUGAUCAACCGAUGGGGACACUGGAAUCGACUUUCUCCACGUUGCUCGGGUCAACGCCACAACGACCUGCCUCUUGUUCUGAGGCAAUUUUACCUGAAUGGGCUACAGGACGCCAACAUGAGAAACUUCAUCUAUGGCCAUACCAACCUGAAUAGGCUUAGAGAUGGCUUCGUGGGAGCCCAGUUCUGGUCCGCUUACUUACUGUGUCAGACCCAGGACCGGGAUGCCUUGCACCUCACCCUGGAGCAGAUUGACCUCAUUCACAGUGUGUGUGCCUCUUAUCCUGAGCUGGAGCUUGUGACCUCGGUUAAAGCUCAGAACAGCACCCGGAAGCUGGCCUGCCUCAUUGGUGUGGAGGGUGGCUACUCACUAGGUAACAGCCUCUCUGUGCUUCGAAGUUUCUACCAGCUGCGGGUGCGCUACCUGACGCUCACACACACCUGCAACACACUCUGGGCAGAGAGCUCAUCUAAGGACGUGCACUCAUUCUACAGCAGCGACAAAGGACUGACCAGCUUUGGUGAAGUGGUGGCAGAAAUGAAUCGCUUGGGUACAAUGGUUGAUUUAUCCCAUGUCUCGGAUGCUACUGUACAGAGGGCCUUGGAAGUGUCCCAGGAACCUGUGAUCUUCUCCCACUCAGCUGCCAGGGGUGUGCGCAGAAAUGCUCGGAAUCUUCCUAAUGACAUCUUACGGCUUCUGAAGAAGAAUGGUGGCAUCGUGAUGGUGACAUUCUCUGCAGGGGUGCUGCAGUGCAACCCGUUAGCCAAUGUGUCCACUGUGGCAGGUCACUUUGACCACAUCAAGGCAGUCAUUGGAUCCGAGGUCAUCGGGAUUGGUGUGGAUUACGACGGCACUGCACAGUUCCCUCAGGAGCUAGAGGACAUGUCUACAUACCCAAUGCUCAUAGAGGAGCUGCUGAGACGGGGCUGGAGUGAGCAGGAGCUGCAAGGUGUCCUUCGAGGACACCUGCUGCGGGUCUUCGGACAGGUGGAACGGGUACGGGAGAAAAACGGAUGGCAAAGUCCCCUGGAGGACAUGAUUCCAGAGGAGCAGCUGGACAGUGUUUGUCACUUAGUCCUGCCACGUUAGAAACAGUAUAAAGAAAAGAACCAAUCAGAGCUCACAACACAUCAUACACUCAAGUUAUCAUCCAAGGGGUCACACUCAAAAUCUUCUCCCCACAUAGUCCUAAGCCUCACUGUUGUUGCAGUAUAUUUAGACCUUAUUGUUUGA